AUGGAAGGUGUAAACACUUCCUGUUUUGUGCCAUUUUUCUUACAGUUGGUUUUUGCUACAUAUGUGUUAUGUGGAAAUAUUCAUUUGAACAAAAUAUCUACCUUAUACAUACCUGUGUCUUAUACUGCUGGGGCACCUGUUUUCUCGUUGAGGGGAGGAUCUGCCGAACAAUUAGCGUAUGAUUCACAGGAUAAGAUAGUGUACAUCGUUGGAGCAUCCAAACUUAAUGUUAUCGACAUUUCAAAUGUCCAAAGCCCGAAGAUUCUUUUCAAUAUCAGUUUAGCUGAUUCUGAUCCCACUGACGUGGAAUUCUGUGGGGAUCAUGUGUUUGUCGCUCUGGAUAAUAACCAGGAUAGAGAAGCUGGGAGAGUGGUCGUCUUCGAGAAGUAUAACAAGAAAUCUAAUGCAAUGAAAACUGUUUUUAAUAUUACAGUGGGAUCUCUACCAGACAUGCUUCUGCCUUCCUCAAAUUGUAGCACUGUUCUAAUUGCCUUGGAGGCGGAAGCUUUUGCCAGAGACGGUGAAUUAGUGGACCCUGAAGGUGGUGUUGGACUUUUGAAGUUUCAUGGUCAAAACAUCUCAACCUCAAACUAUUCAUAUAAAAGGCUGAAUUUCCACAGCUUUAAUGAUAGAUGGGAAGACCUGUCAAAAUAUGGUGUACGGUUUAUCUAUAAAGAAAAUAAUAAUUCGUUCUCUCAAGAUUUAGAACCAGAAUAUAUCACAUACAGCAAAGAUGAAAAGAAAGCCUAUGUUUGCCUUCAGGAAAACAAUGCAAUAGCAGAAGUAGAUUUAGAGACAGAAAACAUAACAGCAAUUCAUGGACUUGGUUUUAAAGACUGGAGGAAUUCUAAACUUGAUGCCAGUGACAAAGACAAUGGAAUUAAUAUCAGAACACUUCCGGUGUACGGGAUGUAUCAACCUGACGCCAUACAUGUGAUGAAUAUGAACGAUGUUGAAUACAUCAUUACAGCUAACGAAGGAGACAGCAAAGACUACUCCGAUUAUUCUUUGUAUAAGACCGGUUUUAGCGAAGAAACCAGAGCUAAAGAUAUCAUUCUUUCAAAUAACUCCGAAGUGAGAAAGUGGGCGUUGCAGAAUGAUGUGAAGAAUAUAUUGGAUGAUGCAAUUCUAGGUAGGCUUAAAUUAACGAAAGAGAAUGGACGAUUAAACAAUGGUACCUUUGAAAAAUUGUACACAUUUGGUGGACGGGGAUUUUCUGUUUGGAGAACUGAAACAAUGUCUCAAGUUUAUGAUAGUGGAAGUAAUAUAGAGGACACGCAUGCCCAAAGAAGACCUGAUCUUUUCAAUGGAGAAGCAAAGACUGAAGAAGAUAUCAAGGCUACCAUGGAUUCCAGAUCAGACGACAAAGGCCCUGAGAGUGAAAGUCUUACUGUUGCCAAUGAUGGCGAUAAAGUUAUUCUCUUCCUUGGAAACGAAAGACCAGGUUCUAUCAGUAUAUACUCAUUUGAUGGAGAUAUAACCACGCCAAAACUCGAAAGUGUGUUUUGGGACAUACCUACCUCGGAGGGAACAUGGACACAGGCUUUUGACCAGAGAACCAUUAGCUGUAUAGAUCCAGAGGAUCUAAAAUACAUCCCACCAAAUCAAAGUCCAACAGGAAGAUCUCUUUUAUUGGUGGCUGGUUCUGCAAGUGGAACUCUCUCCAUUCUUGAAGUAAAAGGUCUUAACAAUGUUAAUGGUUCAUCUCAAGUCCAUUUAGAUUGGGGCGUGGUCGUCUUCAUUUUCCUGUUAAUAACAGUGUGGAUCUAAAAUAAAUACGCUGUUAUUAUCUUUUUAUGACUGUUAAUUUAAGUUUUUUUUACGUCGAGCAGUGGUUUUCUUUGUUGCAUUUUUCAAUUCAUUUCAAUUGAUACGACAAUACCUGUACAGUUUGUCAACUACCUAUGGGAUCUUUGCUACUGUACAUGUUUGAGAAUGAUUUAAAAAG